AUGGGGCAGGAAGAAAAGCAGGAAGCGAUCUCUUCUCCUUUGCCUGUACUACCAAGAUUGGAUCGCCUUGACCGUUUGCUGCAGUUUCUGGAAGAAAAGCAUUCCUUAUCAGGAAAGCAUACUGCCAAUUCUGUUGACAGGAAAUUGGAAGCAGAAGAUCUGUGCAAGAGUUUAUCAUCUGCACUUGAGGAAGUUCAACACAAAGGCACCCUGAUGGAGCGACUAGAAAUGCUCGAAAAUCGAGUACUACAGGUAAGCCUAGAGAUGGAUGUAGGAAACACAUCAAGAUCAAGCUCUUCCACCAUUCAAGGACCUGAAAAAAUUGGCCAUGAUGAAGUUUCAACCAUACACAGUAAGGAGGAUGAGCAAAUGAUCAUCACCAACCAAGAGAAGCAAGAUAAUUCUCUCAUAGAUCAAGAGAUCACAUGUACUGCAGAUGCAUGUGUGAGAAUUUCAGAGGCUUCCCAAAAGGGUAGAAGACACAAAAAGAGGCACAGGAAAUGGCUUGGAUGGCUUGCAACGGGAUGCUGA